AUGGCAUCUUCCAACCUCCUCAUCCCUGACCACGAAACAACCUACGCCCAAUUUCUCCUUCAAAACCCCCCACCCUCGGAAUCAUCAUCUAUCCUCAAGACUAUCUCCAUGCUCUCACUCCAAUCGCACAUUGAAGGCGGCUAUUUCGUCGAAACCGACCGUGACCCCUUGCUCGUCCCGAACCCCUUCCAGCACCUCCCACUUCUCACCAACGCCACGUCAAAAGAUACCUCGUCCACCCGCCACGCCAGCACCACUAUUUUCUACCUGAUCACCCCCCGCAGUCCAACCGGCUAUUUCCACCGCAACAGAGGCCGGACCGUGCACACGUUGCACCGCGGGCGUGGACGGUAUGUGUUGAUCCACGCGGACCAGCGUGAUCCUCAAGGCCGAGUACCCGUCGAGACGUUCGUGGUCGGGCAGGAUAUCGAGAAGGGUGAGAAGCUGCAGUGGAUCGUGGAGGGAGGAAAGUUCAAGGCGAGUUUCCUCCUUCCGGACCCAAAGUCAGACGUGAGUGAGCAAGGGUUGCUGAUUAGCGAGACGGUGGUGCCGGGGUUCGAGUAUAUGGAUCACGAUUUCAUGACGGCAGAGGCGAUGGUUGACUUGCUGAGUCCAGAAAAGAGGGAAGAAUUGAAGUGGUUGUUGAAGAAGGGGGAGCAGGAAAGGUGGGAAGAGGCCAUUAGUGAAAAAUAA